GUGGAGAAAGGCAAGAUGCUGGCGGCUAGAAUCAAGGAGCUCGCGAAAGCCAGGGACUUCGAGGGUAUGCUGGAGGCACUCGAAGAGGGACCCAAGAACGCCAUUGUGUGCACCGUGGCUAUCACCUGCUUGGGCCAAGCGGGAAAAUGGAGGGAAGCGGUAGAGGUGCUAGACGGCAUGGGAAAGGGUGGCAGCGACAGGCCCGACGCGUUCGCCUACGCCGCGACCAUUAACGCCUGCGGAAAGGCCGGGAGACCCGUCGAGGCAGUGGCGCUACUAACGGAGAUGCCGACCAGGCGAGUAAAGCCCGAUGUGGUUUGCUUCGGCUCUGCCAUCUUCGCGCUGGGAGAGGUCGCCGGCACGCAGAAUCGGAGCACCUGGGGCAGGAAAGGGGCCAACGAGGGAGGCGGCAGCGGCGGAGGAGGAGGAGACAUGCCUAUGGCUGCUGCCGUGGCCGGCCCGAAGCCUACCCGUGCCCACGAAAAGGCCCUGGAAUUGAUCCAGGACAUGCGACGCGAAGGGCCGAGCCCGAACUCCCAGUGCUACGCCUCUGCGAUCACCGCUUGCGCUAGGGCGCACGACCCGAGGUCGGCCAUGCGGCUCCUGGCAGACAUGAGGGAGGACGGCGUGCCGCCGAACGACGUGGUGCUUAACGCCGCCGUCGACGCGUGCGGAAAGGGAGAUGCCCCCGACGAGGCCCUAAAGCUUCUCCGCGGUAUGGAAAAAGCUUACGGGGUAAAGCCCAACACCGUCACGUACAACUCCGCCAUCUCCGGUCUCUCCAGGGCCGGCAGGGCACGAGAAGCGAAGGCGCUGCUGAACGAAAUGUCCGAGAGAGGGCUCAAGCCGGACAUUUUCAGCUUCAACGCAGCGAUGCAGGGGUUCGCGGCGGCGGGGGACCCUCGAAACACGGCCUCUCUCUCCGACGAGAUGAAGAGCCGCGGCAUAGGCAUGGACGUGGUCAGCUACGGGACUGCUGUGAGCGCUUGCGCCAAAGCUGGAGACGUCAAGGGGGCGCUGAAGCUACUCAAGGAGAUGGAGGAGGCGGGUGUCGAGCCCAACACAGUGGUGUACAAUUCGGCGCUGGAUGCCUGCGGUCGCGCGGGAAAGCCCAAGGUGGCCGAGAAGCUCCUCCGGAAGAUGGGAGAGACCGGCGUGGUCCGAGACGCGACGAGUUACACGGGAGCCAUCGUGGCAUGUUCCAGGAACGGGGACGGGGACAAGGCGCUCGAGUGGCUCGAGACCAUGUCCGAGGAGGGAAUCGCUCCCGAGGCAAUCACCUACAACUACGCCAUGGCGGCGUGUGGAAGGUCCGGGAACGAUAGGCAGGCGGAGUGGCUCCUAAACGAGAUGCGUGGCCAGGGAGUGACUCCAAACCGCAUCAGCUACAGCGCGGCCAUGUUCGCCCUGGGCAAGGCUGGUCGUCUGCCGGAUGUAUUGAGCCUCCUGGAAGAGAUGCACAGAGAGGGCGUCGAGGCAGAUGAGGUUACCUAUCACAUUGCCGUGGACGCGGCGUCUAUCGCGAGAGAUCUUGGCUGCGCCAUGGACCUGUUCCGAGAAAUGCGUGCGAGAGGCCUCCCCGUCACGAAGCGGCGCGUGGAGUACAUCCAAGCCAAGAUCUCGGGCGGCGGCGGCCGAAGUGGAGGUGGCCGCAAAAACGACCGAUCGCGCGUUAAGGAGCGAACCAAGGCCGAGGACGUCGUUGCGACAACAUCGCAGGAUGAUGGUGAUUCCUCUUCUCGUAAAUCGCGGGCCGUUAAGAAGGUGUCUCGCGGGGCACUCCACGGCGGCGGCGGCGGGGGUGGGGGCGUCGCGCAGGGGAAGUCGGGGAAGGGGGGAAGCCAGGCCGCGGAUGGAGAGGAGGAAGCCGGAGCUGAUUUCUUGGAAGAACUGCGGCAACGGUUCGCGGUCGAGACGGAAGAGCUCGCUAGCGACAGUGAUCUCGACCUUCUGGCAGACGACGUCUUGCUUGCUGGCGCCAAUAGUUACGGUGAAGUCGAAACAAAUGGCGAGGCGGGGGCAGUCACUACGUCGGUACACGUCACAGGAGCAGUUGGGGAUUCACCGGUAUCCGGAGCCGACGGAGACGAUCGAAUGCCCGAAGACGGCAGAUCCGAAGCAGACGAAACCGUCGCCGAAAUCGCUGACGAGGCGGUACGAAGUGAUAUCUCUGGGCAAGGGGAGGACACAAACAAGGCGCAGCUGGUACUCGAGGGGUUCAAGACUAUGAAGGUUACCGACCUCAAGGUCGAGCUCAAGGGCAGGGGGCUCCGUGUGUCUGGAAACAAAGCCGAGCUUCUCGCCAGGCUCGAGAAGGCUCUGCAGCAGCCAGCAGCCUAGCGUCACUGCUGGAUACCUUGCCGGCCAAGAAGCCGGUCGUUCGUGUCCGAUAGUAUUAAACCACGCUGUGCACGAAAAUAUUACUCGGAGCACGCGUAGAACUUGCGCUCGGUCUGUGUUUGUGGGCAUUGGUUUGCCUGAGAUUUCGGGGAUGAGAGUUAUGUCCCCAAUUUUAGAGGUGUUGCUCCUGGCGAACUG